AUAUUUUUGAUAAAAUGCCGUUGACUUCACAUAAAUUGGCUACAAACGUAAAAUCAGAACCUGGAAAAAAAAUAACUUACUCAAAAAUCAAGCCAGUAUUUAACGCAGAAGGUCACAUGAUUUUUUCAAAAUUUGAUUUCUCCGAAAUCGGAACUAAGAAGCACCCAAAAAAAUUCCUGGGCUCAAAGGACCCGAAGAAGCGGCUGGAGGAGCUCAAGACUAAAAAGCAAAAAUUACAGGAACUAAAGGCAGCUGGUGAGACGAAAAAAGCGAAACAACUCGAGCAGAAAGACUCCUGGCGCGCGAUCUUAGCUCGAGCUGCUGGCGAGCGGGUCCUAGAUGACCCGGAGCUCCUGAAGAAGACGAUUAGGCGCAAGGAACACUUGAAGAAGCACAGCGCGAAAAAAUGGGAGGCUAGGACUAACAAAGUGCAGAAGGAUAUUGAGACCAGGCAAAAGAAGCGCCAGGAGAAUAUUUUGAAGCGCAAGAAGGAUAAGAAGACUCAUAAGACCGAGGCACGUGCUCACCUUUACUUCAAUGUCUAUUAUACAUUGAUCCCCUGCCUGCUCCUCGAGAUAGACCCUUCACAACACUCUAGUGCUAUUCCAUACAUACAACACAAUACAACACACUCUCAGCUCCUUUUGCUGAUAAAAAUGUUUUUUAUUGUUCUAGAACGCAGACAAUAG